CCGGGGGGAGGGGGCGGGGGGGCUGCGCCGCCCGAGCCGUUGGGCCUGGCUGGGAGAAGGCGUCGCCGCCACCCGCCGCUCCUGCCACCGCCGCGGCUCGCGAACUAGGGAGCGGAGAAGCCGGCGCAGCGUGGCGAUGGGCGGGAGCAGCGCCCCGCCGGAGAGGCUGGGCGGCCGCCGGUGACAGAUUGGGCUCUGUUCACAGUGCCUCCUGUAUGUCCUGCUGCCCUGAGCUGCGCCAAGCGAGGUGACAGCGGGCCACGCUGCCGCCAUGAACGAGGUGUCUGUCAUCAAGGAGGGUUGGCUGCACAAGCGCGGUGAAUACAUCAAGACUUGGCGGCCCCGCUACUUCCUGCUGAAGAGUGAUGGCUCCUUCAUUGGCUAUAAGGAGCGGCCUGAGGCCCCCGACCAGACCCUGCCCCCCUUGAAUAACUUCUCUGUGGCAGAAUGCCAGCUGAUGAAGACUGAGCGGCCGCGGCCAAACACCUUCGUCAUCCGCUGCCUACAGUGGACCACGGUCAUUGAGAGGACCUUCCACGUGGACUCUCCGGAUGAGAGGGAGGAGUGGAUGCGGGCCAUCCAGAUGGUCGCCAACAGCCUGAAGCAGCGUGGCCCCGGGGAGGACCCCAUGGACUACAAGUGUGGGUCCCCCAGUGACUCCUCUGCCGCCGAGGAGAUGGAAGUGGCAGUCAGCAAGGCUCGCGCCAAGGUGACCAUGAAUGACUUUGACUAUCUCAAACUCCUGGGCAAGGGCACGUUCGGCAAAGUCAUCCUGGUGCGGGAGAAAGCCACGGGCCGCUACUAUGCCAUGAAGAUCCUGCGGAAGGAGGUCAUCAUUGCCAAGGAUGAAGUCGCCCACACAGUCACCGAGAGCCGGGUUCUGCAGAACACCAGGCACCCGUUCCUCACAGCACUGAAAUACGCCUUCCAAACGCAUGACCGCCUCUGCUUCGUGAUGGAGUACGCCAACGGUGGUGAGCUGUUCUUCCACCUGUCGCGGGAGCGCGUGUUCACGGAAGAGCGGGCGCGGUUUUACGGUGCAGAGAUCGUCUCGGCUCUCGAGUACUUGCAUUCGCGGGAUGUGGUGUACCGUGACAUCAAGCUGGAAAACCUCAUGCUGGACAAGGACGGCCACAUCAAGAUCACGGACUUUGGCCUGUGCAAGGAGGGCAUCAGUGACGGGGCCACCAUGAAGACCUUCUGCGGGACGCCUGAGUACCUGGCGCCCGAGGUGCUGGAAGACAAUGACUACGGCCGAGCGGUGGACUGGUGGGGGCUGGGCGUGGUCAUGUAUGAGAUGAUGUGCGGCCGCCUGCCCUUCUACAACCAAGACCACGAGCGCCUCUUCGAACUCAUCCUCUUGGAGGAGAUCCGCUUCCCACGCACACUCAGCCCCGAGGCCAAGUCCCUGCUCGCAGGGCUGCUCAAGAAGGACCCCAAGCAGAGGCUCGGUGGGGGACCCAGCGAUGCCAAGGAGGUUAUGGAGCACAGGUUCUUCCUCAGCAUCAACUGGCAGGACGUGGUGCACAAGAAGCUCCCGCCGCCCUUCAAGCCUCAGGUGACAUCCGAGGUCGACACCAGGUACUUCGACGACGAGUUCACUGCCCAGUCCAUCACACUCACACCUCCGGAUCGCUCUGACAGCCCGGGCUCGCUGGAGCUGGACCAGCGGACGCACUUCCCCCAGUUCUCCUACUCGGCCAGCAUCCGCGAGUGAGCCGCCUGCCGCCACCAACGUAGGAUACACUCAGUGGCCACCCGCUCCUCUUCCCGAUAUUACCCCCCGCGUCCCCCACCCUGCCCGGGGUGGCUUUUUUUAAAGAAACUUUUUAUUUUGCCUUUUUGGUUUGUGCCCCCAGCCCUUGUCUCCCCACCCAUUUCCAGUUCCUUUUUCCUCUUGACUGGUGCCAGCAGCCUCGGCCUCACCUCUGCUCGCGUGGGCAUUGGGGAGAGGCUGCUGGGGCCACGGGGAGGGCUUCAGGGUUUCAUCAGUGCAAGCCCCCACCAGAGUGACGGGGGGGCCUGUCCAGGUGUCCAGUCAGGCUGCAGUGCGCACGGCCUGGCAGCUGCUUGGGCACGGAGGCUGCCCUUGGGCUGCGCCCCUCUCAGCAUCCUGGUGCUGCCUUCCGCCCCCUCCCCCACAGGGGCAGAAAAGCAAUAAUGUCCAGGGACAAGCAGGGCCCCUGGAGGCUGUGGGGUUGGGACGAGGGCUCCCUUAGGCAUGGAGCCAGGUCCCAGCCUUCCCGCCCUGCUCCCCACAAGCUGCUCCCCGGAGCCUGUGGCUGAGGCAACAGGAACACUGGGGGCUGGUCUGCCUGUCGCCCCACCGCCGCGUGCCUUACCAGGGCUUCCCAUGGCCUUACCUCGCGCUGGCCCCGGCUGACCCUAGCAGAGGGUGGGGCGGGCAUCUCUGCCUCUGCCCGGGGGCAGGCAGUCCGCGCUGUUACACAUCUCACACCGAGACAGUAUUGCCCUGGGCACUCGGGGAGGGGUGGAGGUGGGUGGGUCUGGUACGGAUUGGGGUAGGGGCCCCCAAGGAGGGAGGCUCCUGCAUCCCGCCCUCCCCC